CAAUGAAAUGAAAUACAAAAGCACGUGAGUAGUACGUGACAUCCCUCGCUCUCCCUCACUCCCUCACUCUCUCUCUCUCACCUCAAUUUCAUCGAACUCACACAAACUCUCUCUUUCUCUCUCCUCUUCAUGACGUUUCACAACAACAACAUCAUCAUCAUCCUUUCGUUUCUUCUUCCCCAAUUUUUUCCCCUUUCUACCAAACCCUAACCCUAAUUAUUUUCUCUCUCCUCUCACACUUCUUCCACCAUCGCCAUUCUUUCUUCUUCUUCUCUCUCUCUCUCCUCCAUGCAUCUGUACUAAUCCUUCAACUCAAACCCUAAAAAAUCUGAAAUGGAUUCAAACGCGAACAAUCUCUACGAAACGGCGUCGCAGCCCGACACAGGAAACGACGACGCUUACACUUUCCUUGAAUUCAACACUCAAGGUGGAGGAGAUGAAGACGAUGACUUCUCUUACCCUCAAUUCAACGAACUAUCACAACCAAUUCGUUCUUCUCCUUCUCCUUCUUCGUCUUCUUCCGCUUGGCCUACUCCUUCUGACUCCAUUAUCGCCGCUGAAAUCAAGGAGUCUCAACAGCCUUCUGAACCUCCUUCAUCUUCAUCUUCUGGUGGUCCCACCAAAGGUCGUGGUGGUGGUGGUGGUGUGCAAGGUGUGGCUUCUGCGGUGGAUGCGUUGGCAGCUGGUAUGAGUGGGUUGAACUUCGAGGAGACGGUCGGCGAUGAAGAUGGAUUUGUUGAUCAGUUUGGGAAAGGAGUUGGGGAUUUUACCGAACAUGCUUGUAGGUAUUGUGGUGUUCAGAAUCCUGCUUGUGUUGUUAGGUGUAAUGUUCCGUCGUGCCGUAAAUGGUUCUGUAAUUCCAGGGGGAAUACUUCCGGUUCUCAUAUCGUCAAUCAUCUCGUUCGAGCUAAGCACAAGGAAGUUUGUCUUCAUAAAGAUAGCCCAUUGGGAGAGACAAUUCUUGAGUGUUAUAACUGUGGUUGCCGUAAUGUUUUCCUACUUGGAUUUAUAUCUGCCAAGUCCGAGAGCGUAGUCGUUCUUCUGUGUAGGGAACCUUGUCUGAGUGUUAAUGCAUUGAAGGACAUGAACUGGGAUUUGAGUCAAUGGUGUCCACUAAUUGAUGAUCGCUGUUUCCUUCCUUGGCUUGUGAAGGUUCCUUCUGAGCAAGAGCAACUGAGGGCCAGGCAGAUUAGUGCGCAGCAAAUAAAUAAGAUAGAAGAGCUAUGGAAAACAAACCCUGACGCAUCUUUGGAGGAUCUUGAAAAGCCUGGUGUAGAUGAUGAGCCUCAGCCUGUUGUUUUGAAAUAUGAAGAUGCUUACCAGUAUCAAAAUGUAUUUGCCCCACUUAUUAAGCUUGAAGCUGAUUACGACAAAAUGAUGAAGGAAUCUCAGAGUAAAGACAAUCUCACAGUGCGGUGGGAUAUUGGUUUAAAUAAAAAGCGCAUUGCAUAUUUUGUUUUCCCUAAGGAGGAUAAUGAACUGCGUCUUGUGCCCGGUGAUGAGUUACGGCUACGUUACUCAGGAGAUGCUGCUCAUCCUGCUUGGCAGUCAGUUGGUCAUGUGAUUAAGUUGACUGCACAGGAGGAGGUCGCACUUGAACUCCGCGCAAGUCAGGGAGUUCCUGUUGAUAUAAACCAUGGUUUCAGUGUUGAUUUUGUUUGGAAGAGUACGAGCUUUGAUCGAAUGCAGGGUGCAAUGAAAACAUUUGCAGUGGAUGAGACUAGUGUUAGCGGGUACAUUUAUCAUCACUUGCUGGGCCAUGAAGUUGAGAUGCAAACUGUUCGAAAUACUUUGCCUCGUCGAUUUGGUGCUCCAGGCCUUCCAGAGCUCAAUGCAUCUCAGGUUUUUGCUGUAAAAAGCGUACUGCAGAAGCCCAUUAGUUUGAUUCAGGGCCCUCCUGGCACUGGAAAAACUGUAACCUCUGCUGCUAUAGUGUAUCACAUGGCCAAACAAGGUCAAGGACAGGUGCUGGUAUGCGCACCAAGUAAUGUGGCCGUGGAUCAAUUGGCUGAAAAGAUAAGUGCUACUGGUUUAAAGGUUGUUAGACUCUGUGCAAAGUCAAGGGAGGCUGUCAGUUCCCCUGUUGAGCAUCUCACACUUCAUUAUCAGGUUCGGCACCUUGACACGUCAGAGAAGAGUGAACUUCACAAAUUACAGCAACUGAAGGAUGAACAAGGAGAAUUGUCUAGUAGUGAUGAGAAAAAAUACAAAGCAUUGAAACGUGCAACAGAGAGGGAGAUAGCUCAGAGUGCUGAUGUCAUAUGUUGCACUUGUGUUGGUGCUGGAGAUCCCCGACUUGCAAAUUUCAGAUUCCGUCAGGUACUCAUUGACGAGUCUACACAAGCUACCGAGCCUGAGUGUCUCAUACCACUGGUACUUGGAGCCAAGCAGGCUGUUCUUGUUGGUGACCACUGUCAACUUGGUCCCGUGAUAAUGUGCAAGAAAGCUGCUCGAGCUGGACUAGCACAGUCUCUUUUUGAACGCCUUGUGUUACUUGGUGUGAAACCCAUCAGGCUGCAGGUUCAAUAUCGGAUGCAUCCAGCGCUUUCCGAGUUUCCUUCCAAUAGCUUCUACGAAGGUACACUCCAAAAUGGUGUGACAAUUAAUGAACGACAAUCAACGGGAAUUGAUUUUCCUUGGCCUGUACCAAACCGCCCAAUGUUCUUCUAUGUUCAGAUGGGACAAGAAGAGAUAAGUGCUAGUGGAACAUCAUACCUUAACCGCACAGAGGCUGCGAAUGUUGAGAAGAUAGUUACUUCGUUCUUGAGGAGUGGUGUGGUCCCUAGUCAGAUCGGGGUUAUAACACCUUAUGAAGGACAACGGGCAUAUAUCGUGAACUAUAUGUCAAGAAAUGGUGCUCUCAGGCAGCAACUUUACAAGGAAAUUGAGGUGGCAAGUGUAGAUUCUUUUCAGGGAAGAGAGAAGGAUUACAUCAUUUUAUCUUGUGUUAGGAGUAAUGAACACCAGGGUAUUGGAUUCCUCAAUGAUCCUCGUAGGCUCAAUGUUGCACUGACACGUGCCCGUUAUGGUAUUGUUAUCUUGGGGAAUCCUAAAGUUCUGAGCAAGCAGCCACUUUGGAAUAGUUUAUUGACUCAUUAUAAGGAGCAUGAGUGUUUGGUUGAAGGACCUCUUAGUAACUUGAAGCAAAGUAUGGUUCAGUUUCAGAAACCAAAGAAGAUUUAUAAUGAUCGCAGACUAUUCUAUGGUGCAGCAGCUGGUAUUCUGCCUAACGAUAGUUAUACACCAGUUUCGUCGACCGGCCCAAAUGCUGAUAGACGAGGUAGUCGUGCUAGAGGCUACAUGCCACCGGGGGCCCCCAACGGUACACACAAACCAGCAGUGCAUCCUACUGGAUUCCCCAUGACUCGAGUUCCUCUUCCUCCUUAUCAUGGUGCACCACCAUCUCAGCCGUAUGCCAUCCCCUCUCGAGGUGCUGUACAUGGUCCCGUUGGAGCAGUUCCUCAAGUCCCUCAGCCUGGUAGCCGUGGUUUUGGUGCUGGCCGUGGCAAUGCUGCUCCAAUUGGAAGUCAUUUACAACACCAAGGCUCACAGCAACCUGUUGGAAGUCUUGGGCCUAGUUUCAACUUUCCAUUGGAAAGUCCCAAUGGCCAACCUUCUGUUGGUGGUCCAUUGUCACAACCUGGUUUUGUUUCUAAUAUGCCUGUUCAAGGACCUAGUCAAUCUUUCCGUGAUGGGUUCUCAAUGAGUGGAAUGUCACAGGACUUCUUGGGUGAUGAUUUUAAGAGUCAGGGAUCACAUGUUCCUUACAAUAUUGCGGAGUUCUCAACACAGGCUUCACAAAGUGGAUAUUCUGUUGAUUAUGCUACACAAGGAGCACAGUCUGGUUUUCCAGGAAGCUUCCUGAACCAAAACUCUCAAGCUGGAUAUUCUCGUUUUGGUAGCGGAAGUGAUUUUAUGUCUCAGGAUUAUAUGGCACAUGGAUCCCAAGGUCUUUUUACUCAAGUUGGCUUCAAUGAUCCAUCUCAAGAUGACAACUCACAGGGCCAUUUUGGUGUUGGAAACGCAAACCCCCUUCAAUCGCAGGGCUUGAUGAAUCCUCUGUAUUCCCAGCCCUUUACACACUACAACACACAGCCCAUGAAUUUGCAGAAUGUUCAGCACCAGCAGACCCAGCCUCAGCAGCAGUCUGCUCAGCAGGGCUUGAGCUCACAGAACCAGAAGGUCCACUACAGUGGUUGAAAAAUAUGGGAGUUUGGCCAAAGAUGGGAUAGUCUUCAAUAUCAGCAACUUGGUUUGUCGACCCCCUGUACCAUUGCAAUAUAAUAUAAAUGAAAGCAACAAUUUUUGCCCGGGUGAGGUUACCUAUGAUUUUUGCCACCUCCUCAAUUCCAAAUGUUUUGAAGGAUGAUGAAAGUCUGAAGGAGGACUUUCAGCCGUUGGCUAUGGAAACCCUAAUAUGGCACAGAUGGUCCAAAAUAAGGCUGAGAAGGAAAAGAAUGAUCCCUGUUAUCGGCCCCAAGGUAUUCUCUUGAGAAAAGGCUCAAAAACGAUUUGUUGUGGGAGAGAUCUUUACAUGACAUGGUCUGGUCGGAAGGGUUCGGAAGUGAAAGCAAGGAUAUGGCAGGCGUACAGGAUGAAGGCCCCAUUAUUCAUACAGAAACAGCAAUGAAGUACAGGAUUGUGUACAGCACUGCAGGGAAAGGAUACUAUUUUACCAAACCCUUUCAGCUCUUCCUCACAUGUAAUUAUACUCUACAAUGGUAACAGUCAUAUAUGAAUAGCGAUGAUGGCGAUUAUAUUUGUGUGUUUUGGAUACAUUAAUCGUCUGGUCUAAUACUAGUGUGUAAAACUUAAACGUUGUGAAGUUGGCUUAUUGCUAGUUUUGUUUAGUAAUUCCUCUGCUGUUUCAAAUUGUCAAA